AUGGAACAUGAUGAGACCCGGCCCUCGAGCCGUACUAACCAACCCGACGACUCCCGCCCUACUACUGCCCGCCGGAUAGACGAUUAUGAUGAUACCUCGCGGCUCCAUCAUUCAGAAAACGCUGCCGCUGACGGCUCGCAAAACACACCAACCAAGACCUCUCACGACGGACAUGAUCACGACCACGAAUCAGGCCGCAGCACCCCGUCCAACAGCCGCACCCAUCCCGAACCCCCAAACGAAUCCAUGCUCCCUCCCCCGCGACCCCAGACCUCCGCCGCCCCGGACACCAGCUUCGUCGAGGGUCCCACCUUUGACGACUCCUUCCAUGGCGAUUCUUUGGCCGAGUCUGCUGUCCGCGCCCAUCUUCAGGACGUCGAAUCAAGCUUCGUCUCUCGAGUCUCCCCCAUUCCCACAAUAACUCACGAGGGCACCGACGACACCUACCUCUUCGAUGGCGCAGCCGCUUCUGCAAGAUCCCCUGCCCCAGCCAGACAACCCCCUGCGAGUCCCAGCCCCAGUCCAAGACCGAGACCCGAAGCGAUCCCCGAAGAAAAAUCGGCCAUCAGCGACCUUCCCGAACUGCGGCCUCAAGACUCGGCCUCUGCCGACGUCUCCAACACAACAUCUGCUCUGGAAAAUAUGUCUUCGUCACCCGCCGCCGCCGCCGCUGCGCGAACAAUCUCCAGAGCGAUUUCCAGCGCCAGCAACCGGACCGACAAGCAGUCACAGGGACCCGUCCCGGGCGACGACACGGACGAGGAACGGUCGCUGUCUCGCGCAGAGUCUGUAGCCGAAUCGGUAUCCACGACCCUCCGAAGCAAGCGCUCUGACGGGAGCCUUCACGGGGGCUCGGUGGAUGCCGGCAGCACACCCGGCCAUUCUCUCCGCUAUGGCACGCGGCCUAAGUAUCUGCGCAGCCGGGGCGCCAGCCAGCGAUCCUCCGUCUCCUCUUUCAUCACCAACCCCGAUACCCACGAUGAGCUUGAGAGCGAAGGCACCGCCAAUUUGGGCGCCGAUUUUGCCCUGCAAUCUGGUGGUGCAGCCGGCACGCUAAGCCUACCCCGUAGCCUAAGCAGCAUCCUGUCGCGCUCCGUGAGCAUUGGCAGCAUGGUCUCGGGUAUGGACGACCCCGAAUCACUCCCAAGCCAACUCGAGACCCUCGCAGAAGACAACAACAGGUUCUCGUCGCGCCGUCCAGCCCGAAAUGAAGACCUACUGGCCACCCCGAAACCUUCCAAAGAGAAUCUGACCGCACCCACCGAUACCGUCAUUGCCCGGCAUGUUAGAAAUGUGCAUGUCCCUGAGUCGCUGGCCAUGGAGUACAGGACCAAGAGCGGCUUCGUGACGCCCCGUAAACCCUCGGACAUGCCGCUUGGCGCCUCCACGAGAUCGGGUAAGAAUCUGACGCUCAAGGAGCAGAGCAGCACGAUUGAGCGCCUUUCCAAAGAGAAUUUCGAUCUGAAGCUCAAGGUCAUGUUCCUUAGCGAUCGCCUUGACAAGCUAUCCGAAGAGGGUGUUAAGGAGAUGAUCUCGGAGAACGUGGAGCUCAAGACGAGCCUCGCCGUCAUCCAGCGUGACAACAAGGCAUUACGAAGGCGGGUCAAGGAAUUGGAGAAGCAGUUGAAGGACGAUCAGGAUCGCCCCGGAACGGCCAAAAGUGUCGGCUCAUCAAACGACAGCUCCUCCGACCAGGAUGCCCAGGAACGCGAGGAAGAGUUGAUAUACUUACGCGAGCGCGUCGAAGAAUACGUCACCGAGAUUGAGAGGCUUCGUAAUGAUAGCAUGGCAAAGGAAGCAGAAAAGCGCAAGCUCAGUGAGGUGGUCAGAUCACUAGGCGAGAGGACAAGCGGCAAUCUCGGGAGUCAGGAAGAGGCGGAUGUAUGGAAGGACCUGCUUGAGCAGGAAACAGCCCGACGCGAGCAGUCUGACGAAGAUAACCGCAAGCUACGCGACGAAAUCUUCCGCAUGAAACAGGAAGCGAGUGGCGGCCACGGUGGCAUGCACCACACCACCAACAUUUACAACAUCACGAAGAAGCAUAGACAGGUCUCUCCGAGCCGCCCUGUGUCUGGUCUAUCAGGCGAUCUCGAGACCAAUGGCGGCUUUAGUGCCGCGAGUACGUUGGUCGACGAGCUGCGGAGAGAGAGUGAGCAAUUGCGACACGAAAACGCCGAAUUGAGACGCGAGGUUGGAGCGCAGACAUCCAUGCUGACGUCGAGGAAUCGUGAAAAGGAGCGGUUAUACCAAGAGAUUGAGGAUCUAAAGAUGGCACAGCGGCGAGGAGGACCGGCACCCUCAACGGUCGACUCCCUUCUUGAGCGUUCAGCAUCCCGCGCCGGUGCCCACCACCGGUCCAUGUCACGGGUGAGUGCCGGUAGGACGCAAAUGACAGAUAUAGACGAAUUGGAGCGCGAGGAGCUGGAGAACAAGCUCGCCGAAACGCGCGACAAGAUCAGCGAGAUCAAAUUACAGAACCAAGAGCUCCAACGUGAGCUUGAGGGAUGUAUGGCAGAUUUUGAGACCGCAGUCGAAGGUAAGAGCCAGGCUGAGGAAAUUGCCGUCACACUCCAGGAAGAUCUCGACAAUGCCAUGAACGACCUCGUGGCUUUGCAGGCUGAGAGGGACGAAGCACUCAGGGAGCAGGCAGAUAUGGAGACAGAAUUCGAGUCGCUACGGAAAGAAGCCCAGGAGGAAAUUGAUGCGCUGGAGGGCGAGGCCGAUCAACGAAGCGACGAGAUACAGAGGCUACAGCUUGAGCUCAAUGACCGUACAGAGAAUUUCGAUGCACUGCAGGAGGAGAUGCGCAAGAUGAGCGAGGCGUUGGUGGGAUUGGAGGACGAACAAGCAGCCAAGAUUCGCAGGAUUAAGCAGCUAGAGCAAGAACUCGCAGACGCCAAUAAGGAAUCAGAGGAGCUCGAGUCCAAGCUGCUCGAGUCCAACGACAAGGCACAGCGGCUUAGCGUGCAGCAAGAAUCUAGCCAGGGCGAGAUUGCCUUCCUACGCGAAGAGCAAGAGGGCGACAAGAUCCGCAUCGGCGACCUCGAGGCAGCCCUUGCGAAUACCGAACAGAGCUUACGCGAUGAGCGUGACAGGAUCAAGGAGUUGGAGCAGCGUCUCGUCACUGAGCGUCGCCAGCACGAGAUGGUCUCCAAUCAGGAGAAGGAGGAGGUGACGCAGUUUGUCAACGAGCUCAACCGCGAGAUGUCGGCAGCCAAAGAUGAGGCCCGGAGGUUACGUAAGAGUCUCACCUCACGCGAAGUCGAGGCGACCGAAUGGAAGGAGAGGCUUAUGGAGCUGGAGAACAAUCUCAGAGAGGCACUGGGCGAUCUUAACGGGACACGAUCCAGCCUUCUCAAGUCGAUUGCCAAGCUCCAGCGCGAGCUCGAGAACACUGUUCGCGAGUUGGACACCACCAAGGCAUCGCUCGUUGAAAAGGAUCGCAUCAUUAAGCAGCGCGACGCCCUGCUUGAAUCCCACGGCUUGGAAUCUCGCAAGCUUGGAGGAGAGCUCGAGAAGGAGAGACAGGCGCAUCGGACGACGAAGAACCAGUUUGAGACAUUCCAAAAGACGCACCUGCAUGUGUCGAGGACCGUCAGCACCCAGGAUUUGCGCAUCACGGAGCUUGAGUCAUCACGGACCCAGGACAAGAAGAAGAUUUCGCAUCUCGAAGCAACCUUCCGAGAUCAGCUCACUGAGCGCAACAACUUGCUGCUUGUGCUGUGGACACGACUCUCGGCCCUCUGUGGCACUGACUGGGCGCACGACAACAGCCUCAUCAAUGGGCGCGCGUUGCCUUCCUUGGAGGCUGUGGCUACGAUGCUGCCUGGAUUCAGUAAAAACUUGCUCGGCGCCAUCAAGAUGAUUGAGACCAUGGUGGGCGGCUUCUCGUCUCGCGUCAAGGGCGUAGAACGGGACUUGUGGCGCGAGUACCAAAGCCUCGAGAACAACCUCGAGAUCCGGACUAAGAAGCUGGAGCGGCUGGAGACGAUUGUGCGCAACAGCGUAGCGUCCGGGAGCCUCGGGUCUUACGAGCAGGCCAGAAUGGAGCGCCUCGAGGAUGCCUACCGCCAACUCAAGGUUGAGAAUGCGACAUUGCGAACCGCUCAGGACGUCAGGAGUCGGGCUGCCUAUUCAGCAACCAACGACCCCAGCGCGGUCAUCACUGAACCUGGCAGCGGAAGCCCGUCACCGUCCAUCCCCACGGGUCCUCGAGAGCGGGAGAGGAGGCCUCGCAAGGGCGAGAGAACAUCCACAAUGACGCGUAGCGUUUCCAGUCACACCGUGACAACGCCUGGGUCCACCAAUCACAACCCGUUCGAAGCCACGUUGGCGGAGAGAGACCCAGCAGACAACCGAUGGAUCUUCAAGCUGCGCGACCUCGAGAACAAGCUCAAGGCUGAGCGCGAAGGCCGCUCGCAGGACCGUAAUGCGGCAAGGCAGCGGCUGGGUGGUCUCGAGACGGAGAACCGCGAUUUGAGGACGGAGGUCAACCGCAUACGGAGGGCAAACGGACAGAUGGGGGACAGCUGA